UGAAAGGAAUUAUUUUGCGACGAUUGGGUCGUUCUUGUGCUUAUCUUAUCACUUCUCUGUCUGCGUAGAUAAUUGCUGUUUAUUGUUGAGUGAGCAUGAAUAUACGUCAGUUUCGUAUAAUCACUCGUCCAGUCAAGUUCUGUGAGAAACCAAAUAUAAAAUAAUAAUUCUUGUACUUGCUCCGAGUAGUGGUAGUGAUUAUUGUUGAGGAUCAUGCUUUCAGAUACCCCUAGAGUACUGUCUAUUCAGAGUCAUGUGGUCCACGGCUACGUUGGAAAUAAAAGUGCGGUCUUCCCACUGCAGGUGUUAGGAUUUGAAGUGGACUUCAUAAACACGGUCCAGUUCUCGACACACACCGGAUACAAACAUCUGAAAGGAAAAGUCUUACCUAAUGAAGAUUUGGAUGACUUAAUUGACGGCUUGACCUUAAAUGAUGUGGACUACUAUACUCACUUUCUCACUGGGUACUCAAGAUCCCCGGAGUCUUUGAAAAAGAUUGCUGAAAUCAUCAAAAAGUUGAGACAAAAGAAUCCAGAUUUAAUUUAUGUAUGCGAUCCAGUAAUGGGUGACAAUGGAAAGAUGUACGUGCCAGAAGACAUUCUCCCAGUGUACCGAGAUAUCGUGGUCCCCCUAGCCGAUGUCAUAACCCCGAAUCAGUAUGAAGCUGAACUGAUGACGGGAAUGAAGGUCAAUGACCUUGAUGGCGCUCUGAAAGUCAUCCAAGCUCUUCACGAUAAGGGUGUCAAAACUGUUGUGUUGUCGAGCACUGAUUUGGGUGACGAGAAGCAUAUGAUUGGACUUGCCAGUACAGCAGGGUCGUGUUACGAAAUUCAAAUUCCGAAGCUGGAUGCCACAUUCACGGGCACAGGAGACUUAUUCGCGGCCUUGUUCUUAGCAUGGUGGCACAAAACUAACCAAAAUCUGAAACUGUCGCUUGAAAACACCAUAUCGACUCUGCAGAACAUCGUUAAAGAUACUUAUACAAGAGCUAGAGCUGUGCAAGCAUCCGGCAAGCUUCCUCGAAAACUGCUUGAGCUCAGACUUGUUCAAAACAAAAGUCUGAUUGAGAACCCAAAGAUUGACAUAGUAGCGAUGGAUAUAGCUAAGUAAUAC